AUCAAUGAAACUCGGCACCAACACAGAAGAGGGGCAGCGAAAAGGGGGAUGCUCAGGAGAUUUAAGACUUUCCUGGUAGACAAAAUAUUUAAUUAACAACUGCCCCUGGACGUGCUUUUCAUCAUUUAUCCCAGAGCAAUCUAGCAAUUAGUGACUAUUUCCCUGGUGGACCCUGGGCUGGCGUCAAAUAAUCUGGUCGAUGAUCCGCGGGGGGCCCAGCGACUACUCGACGGACUACUGACAGGAGCCGUCGACCACCAGACACCUCACCGCAAUCACAACAGUCUCCGCAUCCCUCUAUUUUUCUCGACCUGAUUUUCAUUCUCUCUCAGCUCUGCUGUUUCUGAUUGUUUUGGCUUCAUCACUUGCAUUUGAUUCGAUAUCCCACCAUGGAAGACAUCGCCCCAGAGUAUGAUGUUGUUGUGCUCGGCACUGGCCUGACUGAGUGUGUUCUUUCGGGUGUUCUGAGUGUCAAGGGAAACAAGGUGCUUCACAUUGACCGUAACGACCACUAUGGAGGAGAGGCUGCUUCUGUCAACAUCGAAACGCUGUUCAAAAAGUACGGCAACGUCAAGGACGGCGAAGAGCCCUGGAAGAAGUAUGGCCGUGCCAACGACUGGAACAUUGACCUGGUCCCGAAAUUGUUGAUGGCAAACGGCGAGUUGACAAACAUUCUGGUCUCCACCGAUGUUACGAGAUACCUCGAGUUCAAGCAGAUUGCUGGCAGCUAUGUCCAGCAAGGAAAGGGCCCCAAGGCCACUGUUGCCAAGGUCCCCUCGGACGCUGGCGAAGCUCUGCGCUCAUCUCUGAUGGGCAUGUUUGAGAAGAGACGGGCCAAGAAGUUCUUGGAGUGGGUUGGCGAGUUCAAGGGGGAAGACCCUGCUACUCAUUCUGGCUUGGACAUUGGCAACUGCACAAUGAAGGAAGUCUACGACAAGUUCAGUCUCGAAGACAACACUCGUGACUUCAUCGGUCACUCCAUGGCCCUGUACCCAUCCGAUGACUACAUCACAAAGCCGGGCAACGCUACUGAGACUAUCGACCGUAUCCGCUUGUAUGUGAACUCCAUGGCCCGGUACGGUAAGUCGCCGUACAUCUACCCCCUGUACGGUCUCGGCGAGCUUCCUCAGGGCUUCGCUCGUCUCUCCGCCAUCUACGGUGGUACCUACAUGCUUAACACCAGCAUCGACGAGGUUCUCUACGACGGUGGCAAGGUUUCUGGAAUUAAGGCGACCAUGAAGGACCGUGACGACAACGGCGAGACCAUGAAGUUCUCCACCAAGACAAAGAAGAUCAUUGCAGACCCCUCUUACUUCCCCGACAAGGUCAAGACGACCGGCUACCUGCUGAAGGCUAUCUGUAUCCUGAAGCACCCCAUCGACAAGACCGAUGGCAGCGACUCGCUGCAGCUGAUCAUCCCCCAGUCUCAGGUUGGAAGGAAGCAUGACAUCUACAUCGCCGUCGUUUCGUCGGCACACAACGUUUGCCCCAAGGGUUACUACAUCGCCAUUGUCUCGACCAUUGCCGAGACCAGUGCCAACCACCACUUGGAGCUCGAGCCCGGAUUCGAGCGUCUGGGUGAGAUUGAGGAGAAGUUCUUCGGUCCUCCCUUGCCGAUCUACGAGCCUCUUGAGACCGGUGAGGCGGACAACAUCUACAUUUCCAAGAGCUACGACUCCACAUCACAUUUCGAGUCCACGACUGAUGAUGUCAAGGACCUUUACAAGCGUGCUGCUGGCGAAGAGUUGGUUGUUGAGGGACUUCGGGAGGACCAGAAGCUUGCUCAGGAGUAAAUGCAUCCACCAUAAUUGGAUGAGAUUGAGAUAAUAUAUUGUGGCUUAGAUGUCUGCUCACUUGAACUGCGAUUCUUUUGAACUUUUCUUUGGAUCCCCUCUUGACAUUUUUAAGUAUAGGCAUGGUAGGACAGCACGUUCUCUUUACAAGAUCCAGCAAAGGGCAGGUCAUUGAUUCGAGGGUCGAGUGGAAGCUAUUUUUACAUGGCUCUUCCCUUGAUACUGUAUAGCUUUCCGGCUUCAUACCUGUUGAUUAUUAGCUAUUCAAAUCACUUUCAUGACUAUAAUAAGGCCCUCGGUGCGGAGUAUUAGUCUAUCGUUUAUUCCUCUAUCUUGAUUCCAC